ACAGAUUUUUUAAAAAAAAAUUACGAAAAAUAACAAUUGGGACAAUCAGUGAAUCAUACUGUGUUCUUCUCUCUCUCAGUUUUCCCCCAUUGUAGCGCACCCAACGUUUUCCAUUGAAGCGCACUCCACGUUCUCAAUUGUCGCAAGCAGCUUCUGAGGAAUCCUGCACUUUCAGCUUCAGUUUUGUACCUUUGUAAUGGGUAGAGGAAGAGGUACAUCUCAGCGAACAGCAAGUUGAUACUAGGUCAACAGAUCUCCAUCCUCUCUUUUUCAUCAUUUUCAAUAUUCAUUUUAUUUAGCCCGUUCUGUCGAUUGCAUCAAAUUCUGCCAUCUUCAAUUUGCGGAAGAAAAACAGAAAUUAGAAAAAGAAAUGCAAAAAAGAGAACAGGGAAAGCAAGGAGGGCCCGGAGGUGGUGUAGCCGCCACUCCGACACCGAAAAGGGGACGUCCGCUUGGGAGUGGAACUAACAGCGCUGCCGUUGCUGCUGUUGCUGCCGCUGCAGAUUCCGCCGCACCUCAUACUCUUCUGGGCCCUACCCUUCAGGUCCACAGUGCCUUUGCUGAUCAAAACCAGAAAAGGAUUGUUUUGGCUCUGCAAAGUGGCUUGAAGAGUGAUCUGACAUGGGCACUAAAUACUCUUACUGUACUUUCUUUCAAAGAAAAGGAUGAAAUUCGUAAAGAUGCUACCCCACUGACUAAGAUACCUGGAUUGCUAGAUGCUCUUCUUCAAAUUAUUGAUGAUUGGCGUGACAUAGCUUUACCUAAAGAUCUUUCCAGAAACCGGCGGCUGAGGCUGUUGGGUGCAAAUGCUCUUGUAACUGGUUUUGGAAAUGAAUAUGAGGCGUUGGCUUCCAGUGACAAUUACUCGCAAUCCAUUGCUGCCCCUGGUUCUUAUUCAUCACAAAAAAUUACAACAAGACAUCGACCUACUGGUUGGUGGUUUGAGGAAGAUGGUUUAUUCAAUCUAGACGAUGAUGGGCUUGCUGAGAAGCAGCUGUGUGCUGUUGCUGCAUCAAAUAUCCUCCGUAAUUUCUCUUUCAUGUAUGAAAAUGAAAUCAUCAUGGCACAGCACCGUCAUUGUUUGGAAACUGUAUUUCAGUGUAUAGAAGAUCAAAACACAGAGGAUGAAGAACUUGUGACAAAUGCCCUGGAGACAAUAGUCAAUUUGGGCCCAUAUCUUGAUCUACGAAUAUUCAGCUCUUCAAAGCCUUCAUAUAUUAACAUGACGGAAAAGAGUGCAGUUCAAGCUAUCAUGGGCAUGCUUGAUUCUCAGAUCAAAGCUUGGCAUUGUGCUGCUGCAGAACUGCUUGGCCGUCUGAUUAUAAAUCCUGAUAAUGAAACAUUUCUUCUUUCAUUUGCUACCCAGAUUUACAAACGAUUAGUUGAUCUACUGAGCUUACCAGCAGUCGAUGCACAGGCAGCGGCUGUGGGGGCACUCUAUAAUCUCGUGGAGGUCAAUAUGGACUGCCGGUUAAAUCUGGCAAGUGAACGAUGGGCUAUAGAUAGACUGUUGAAAGUAGUUAAGGCACCACAUCCUGUUCCUGAAAUAUGUCGGAAGGCAGCUACGAUCCUAGAAAGCCUAGUCUCUGAGCCACAAAAUCGAGUUCCACUCCUUGCAUAUGAGAAUGCGUUUGCGGAGAUACUCUUCUCGGAAAGUAAGCAUGCUGAUACUUUUGCAAGGAUAUUGUAUGAACUGACAUCUCGGCCAAACAACAAACAAGGGUCAGCACGUGGAGUAUGGGGCCUGUAGUAGAAGACCGAUAUUAGCAGAAAGUGAUUAAAGAUUUCAAUCUUCAGGUUUUUUGUUUCGCCUGGUGUUCGUGAAUCAUGUCAUUGUAUACAUUUAUGCACGAGCAGGAGCUAGUUCAUAACCAAAAUUGAAAUGUAUACAUUUAUGCAUGAGCUUAAGCUAGUUUAUAACAAAUAUUGAAAGGUUUUGUGUCACUAAUUACAAGGUGCAACCACAUGCUUUGUACGUUGUUUCUGAAGGACUGUUCCAACAUAAACAAAAUCAAUCUUACUAGUGAGGUUUGAUCUUCCAA